UUAAAACAGAUUAAUCUUGUAAACGAUCAAUAAUCGUGUGAUAAAAAACUUCAAAACGCGUAAAGCACACAAAUAAUAUAAAUGUAAACACGAGACAGUACCGGAAUCCAACCCAUAAUAAUAAUUAUUAUUUCAUCACCAAUCGAUAUCGAUAUUUCUGUAGUAGGUACGAAUACGGCAAUGGCAGCCGACGGUUCCAUAUGAUCACGGAUCGUAGAACACGGGCAUUGGGCUAUACGGCCUGAGUACUUAUCAAUAGAAGAUAAAAACAUCACAAAACACUUAUCGAUCACUAACAACAAUUAACUUUUUAAAGGCACGGACGUAUAUGUGAAUACAAAUAUUAUAAUAUAUACAUCCGUGAUUUGAGUUAAUAUCGAGUAAGGCCGUGGUGUGGUGUCAAAUGUCGACGAAUUUAGAAGCAAACGUCAAAGUCGCUCGGAAGUUAUCUGAUUACAGCGAUGAGGUAGGUGCUACAAUUUUUCGGACUCAUUCAUUAUUUUUUUGAUUCCUUUGUAUUUUUCACACGAAUCAUUGAGGUGUCUCAAUCUGGUGUCUUUUUUUUUUGUCUUAGCCAGUUGAUAAAAAACUCAACAUGUCGACAGACGAAGUGGAAUCUGAAAUCCAUUUUAUGAAAACUUAUAGCAUAUUGAAAUGGGACGAACUAAUAAAGCUCAAUGAUGAUCGCAAAUCACUUAACCAGAAAAUCACUCUUGGGUUAGCCACUAGAGAAGAAUUGUCAAAGCAAAUAAGAGUCGAAUUAAAUAUGUUGGAUAUGUGUCAACUUAAAAUUGAUCAAGAAAUGAAAGAAAAUGAUACAGAGUAUAUUAGUACUGAAAUACUUACCAUUUUAUCAAAUCGUAUUAACGAAUUGUACAACCAUAUGUUUCUACUGUUUCCCGUUGAAAAGACUUCAUUGUCGGAAUAUAUUGAGUUUUGCUCAAAUAAUACAUUAUUUAUCACUAAAUGUAGUAACAUGUUGGAUACACUUAUGUUAAGAUAUCAUAGUGAUCCUGAAGUAUAUAUAAUUGCAGCAACAUAUGAAUUUGAUGAUCGAAAUAAUGUCGAAUCAGCUAGAAAAUAUUUUGCAGAAGGAUUAAAAUACCACAAUAAUUGUAAAAAUUUAUACGUAGAAGAGUUCUGGGUAGAAGUACAACAUUUAGAAAAAACUGCAGGUGCCUCACUUCCAAUCGCUAUUGAAAAAUAUAGAUAUCUCAUAAAACGUUUUGAAGGUGAUAUUGAAUUUCAUUUUAUAUUAUUGGAUAGAGCAAUACAAUUAAGUGCAGUUAGAGAAUUGCAAUGCAAUGUUGUCAGAGAUAUGGUUAAAAAGUAUAGGCAUAGUGAACUGAUGUGGCGAAAAUUAGCUAAAAUCCAUUUUGAUGGUUUUAUCUACCAUCGGGAGACUGAGCAAUUAUACUAUGAUAAGAAUUACAUUAGUGGUAUUAGAAACUGUAUCAAAACCUAUGAAGACGGAUUGAAAGAAAAUUUACCACUAAAAAAUAAACAUAAGUUAUGGAACUUUUAUAUUGAUCAUAUUAUAGAAAUUAGGAAAUCUUAUCGUAUGAAAAAAGAAACAAUAAGAAAUUUUAUGAAUGAAACAAUGGAGCGAGCCUUUCUAGAAGCGCAUAAUAACAAGGCAUUACUUAAAGCUGAAUAUUAUAUAUAUUGGGCAAAAAACACAAAUAAAGACUGCCAUAGGAUUCUGAGAAAAGCAGUUGAAGUGAUACAAGAUAGUGUAGAACUCUGGAUUCAUUUAAUAUCAUUUUAUUUAAACUACGACAGUCUCGAAAUGGGCAUUGAAGCUUUUCAAGCUGGUGUUCGGUCUUUGAAAAGCAAAUCAAUGCCUUUAUGGGAAAUUCUUAUUUUAUAUAUGGGAAAUACUCAUCCAAAAUUGCUCCAACAAUUAUAUCACGAAGGCUCACAUUUUCCAUACCCAGAAGUAAAUUUUAUAAUCAGGACUGAAUAUUUGGAAUGGAGUGUAAUACACAAUGGAAUACUUUCAACUCGUGAACUAUUCGUUGAACUUAGAGACAUAAAACCAGAAUGUAAACAGUUGUAUACAACCAUGAUUGCAUUUGAACUCACUCAGAACUCCGGAAUUACCAAACUAAAAUGUAUUAGAAAAUUGUAUAAUGAUGUAUGCAAUAAUUUUGGUCAUAGAGAUAUCGGAGUAUGGUCUGAUUGCAUUCGUUUUGAAUACAUGUACGGAUCUCGUAAACUAGUAAAAGAAAUUUAUAAGGCAUCAUUACUGUGUUUAGAACCAAAUUUAAGGAGUGGUAUGACAGAAGAGUAUGAAAAACUUAAAGCGGAAUAUAAUAUGGAGGAAGAUCCUAAAGAUCAUGGAGUUAUUGUCAUUGAUGACGACGAAUAAUUUUACAGUUACAAAAAAUUUUUGUUUUUUAGCAGUAAUUUCUGUAUUUUUUUUUUUUAUAUCUGUGAUAUUUAGUAUUAAGUUAAAGUCUGUUUAUUAUUAAUGAUUAUUUUUAUUUAUUUUUUUAGUGGUAUAAGCAUAAAUUCUCAAUAUAUUCAAUUCUAUAUUUUUAAUAUUAUACCUAACAUUUUGUACCUAUAAUAUAAUAUGUGUGUUUCAUUUGUAA